UUCACCACAAUACUCAUCAUCGUUUUUCCCGUCAAAAUUCCCAAAUCUCACCUUCAUCAAAUCUCUCAUCAAUCAAAUGGAGUUCGAAUCCAACACCACCACCAUUGCUACCGAAGAAAUCAACAACAAUCACGGAUGGCAAAAGGUUACUUACGCGAAGAAGCACAAGAAGAAUCCGGCGAAGCAGCAACAACAACAACAGCAUCCAACAAAGGUGAUUGCUAACGGAUCUUCAAUUUCAACCGAUGAUAACGUGUUUAAAUCGAUCGAGAAGAAAUCGGAGGAACGGAGGAAGCUUAUCGAAGCUGAGCGAUUGGCUAAUUCAGCGAUUUAUGAUGAGAAGCCUCCGGUUAGAUCGGUGAAGAAGAAUAGUUACAGUGAUUAUGAUGAUAGUGAUGAUGAGGUUGUUGUUGCUAAUGGUGCGGCUGGCAAUGGUGUGGUUGAGGAGAAGAAGAAGGUGAAGAAGGUGAAGAAACCUAAGGUUUCGGUUCAGGAUGAGGCGGUGAAGAUCGAUGCGGCUGAUUUGGCGAGUUAUUUGGCAGAUGUGACGGCUUCAUAUGAGACACAACAGGAUAUACAGUUAAUGAGGUUUGCAGAUUACUUCGGACGCGCAUUUUCUAAAGUCAGUGCUUCACAGUUUCCCUGGGUGAAGCUAUUGAGAGAAUCUCCUGUUGCAAAGGUUGCAGAUAAUCCAGUGUCACACAUCCCUGAAGCUGUUUACAAGACAUCAGUUGACUGGAUCAAUAACAGAUCUCUGGAAUCUCUUGGACCUUUUGUCUUAUGGUCCUUAGAUAGCAUUCUUGUUGACUUUGCAAGCCAACAAGUCAAUGCAAAGGGAUCCAAGAAAGUUGCUCCAAAACCAUCUUCAAAAUCGCAGGUUGGUAUUUUUGUAGCACUAGCAAUGGUAUUGAGAAGGAAACCGGAUGCGUUAAUUAGUGUAAUACCAACUCUAAGGGAAACUUCAAAGUAUCAAGGACAAGAUAAGCUUCCGAUUAUCGUGUGGAUGGUAGCACAGGCAUCACACGGAGAUCUGGCUGUUGGUUUGUACUCAUGGUCUCACUUAAUAUUACCCAUCGUUGGCAGCAAAUCGGGCUCUAAUCCUCAAAUCAGGGAUUUAAUUUUGCAGUCAGUUGAAAGAAUUCUCUCUGCUCCAAAGGCUAGGACUAUUUUAGUAAACGGUGCUGUGCGGAAGGGAGAGCGGUUAAUGCCACCAUCAGCACUUGAUCUGCUAUUACGUGUCACCUUCCCUUCAUCUUCAGCUCGCGUUAAGGCAACAGAAAGGUUUGAAGCGGUAUAUCCUACGCUUAAAGAGGUCGCUCUUGCGGGUUCCCCUGGAAGCAAAGCAAUGAAACAGGUUGCUCAACAAAUCAUGACCGUUUCGUUAAAAGCUUCCGGAGAAGGAAUCCCCGAGCUAUCAAAAGAAGCGUCUGGUAUCUUCAUUUGGUGCUUAACUCAAAAUCCUGAUUGUUAUAAGCAAUGGGAAAAGGUCUACACGGAUAAUCUAGAAGCAAGUGUUGUGAUUCUGAGAAGGCUCGCUGAGCAGUGGAAGGAUGUAUCUGCAAAACAGUCGUCUCUUGAUACUCUCGGUGAAACUCUCAGACAUUUCAAGAGCAUGAAUGAAAAAGCCUUGACAAAGGGAGAUGGUGGUGAGCAAUCAGUCUACAAGGAAGCCGACAAAUACUGUAAAGUGUUACUAGGAAGAUUAUCACAUGGGACCGGAUGUGUCAAAGGUAUGGCGCUAGUUGUCAUCGCGAUCGGUUUAGGAAUCGCUUUCAUUCCUCCAACCGCCUUGGAGUCGUUGGAUUUGGCCAAGUUAGCUGAAAUGAUCAACUUCCCGCAAUCUGUUUGAAAAAAAAUGGUUGGUUUGAAUCUCUAACAUCCAGCUAGUUGACCGGGUCAGAAGGGUUAAAAGAAAGAGAAUGAGGCACUUUUAUUUAAGUUUCCCCCUCUUUUAGAACAGUGUUUCAACUAAAAGUAGAUGGUUUUUAAGCGGGUUUUCCUUGUUUUCCGUUUCUGUUCGUUUUUCGGAUCUGUUUUAUUUAUUUUUUUUGUUUCGGGUUGAGACGGUUGUUAUCGUUUAACUUUUGUGUUUAUCAUUCAAGUUUGAUCCAUAAUGAGAUGUAUUUUCUGUUCUUA